AUGCCCAAGACUCGUAUGACUGCUCUCGACGUGAGAGCAUGCGUGAACGAACUGAAAGGGAUCGUUCUCGGAGCAAAACUGGCGAACGUAUACGACGUCUCGAAUAAAGUGUACAUACUCAAGUUAAUGAAGGGCGGAGCCCAAUAUAACCUUGUAAUCGAAAGUGGUGUUCGGGUCCAUCUCACCAAGUAUUUGCGUGAGAAAAACCAAUUCCCUAAUACCUUUUCGCAGAAAUUGAGAAAGCACAUCCGAAAUCGAAGGAUUGAAGCUGUCCGUCAAAUUGGCUUUGACCGUGUGGUCGAUUUAGUGUUUGGCAAUGGCGAGACCACCUAUCACGUAAUCGUGGAGUUGUACUCCGGAGGCAACAUUAUUUUGACGAACUACGAAUUUGAGGUGAUGUUCCUGCUGCGUUCCUACACGUUGAACGAUGGAACCCAGGUGGACGUCAAGCACCAAUACAAUUUCCAUCCCAGUAUUUGA